GGGAAGGAAAACAUUGGCACGGUUAGGAGUGGGGGUCCCCUCCAAAGCCUGGGAUGGCCAGGACAAGACAGUCGUAUCCCAAAUCCAUCAUCAACAUCACUCGAGAUGAGAGGUCUGGUCAUCAACUUCUUAGUUGUGGUAUACAUCACCAAUGCCAACGCCAAUGUCUUGAAGAACAUUUUCAAUGGGCUAGUCGGAAUUCUUUUCGAUAGCGACCACAACCGAGACUAUCCUCGAGUAAAAAGAUAG